AUGUCAGACUCCCUGCUCAACCACUCCUGGCCGUCGUUCUCGAGGCGCUGGAAGAAGAGAUGGUCCUUUAAGCGAGGGUCCGAUUGCAAGCCAUGCUUAAGGGAAUUCACUGACCACAGCACCCCUGCUUUGGAGUAUCACAACCCAAAAAGCUUCCUCCCAUCCCUGAUUGCUGAGGAUGACACCUUCUGCACCAGCAUGGCUGAAGAAAAGGAGGACUCAUCUUCCACAGAGCUGGAUGUCCCAGCAGCGGACUUGCACAGCAGCAUGGAGGAUCUCCUCUCAGACUCUGCUCUCCAUGGCACGGAGUAUUACAGAGAUCUGGGACUCCUGAGCCCACCAAUUGCCAAAACAGCGCCAGAGACGGCAGCGCAGCCAGAACAAGCAACCCAGGCUGUGUCUGCCAUUCGCUUAUUGGAAGAGAGACCAAGGGCUCUGAGCAAAAUGUCUGUGGAUGUUGCUUUUUCCAAUCCCGUUUCCUGCUCGGUACGUUACGGCGAGGCCGACUGCCACUUUCUGAACAAAGGCCGCAUUUGCUCCUGUGCAGCAGUGUCGGAAGAUGGUACCAGCUCUUCUGAGUGUCCUGCAGAGGCAGACAAAGAGCUGGAGCUGCAGGAGGCCACGGAGUCCUUCCCCACGCUGGUGAGAUCUAUGUCUACCUCUCGGAGGCACAGCUGGGAGAGCCCUUUAUCACCUGCGGACAGCAAGCGCAGGUUCAGCCUGGAUGCCACAGAGGUGGGCAGCGACCCAGAGCAGGAGGAUGAGGAGAAGGGGAGCCAGUCCUGCCCUCAGCCUUGCGUGUCCCUUCAGCUGCCCAAAGGGGAACUGGAAACCUGGAGCAGCGGUGGGGGUGGCAUGGUGAUCAAAGUGGAGAUAGAGCCGUUGCACCCGAACCUCAUGGUCAGCCCUGGCUUGGAUGAGGAGGAAUGUGGCAGCAACAGGAAGAGACUGAGGUUGAAGCCUGUCCCAUCAGUCUGCGAGACAGUUGCCUCCCCUCAGACACCUUGCAGUUUUGACUCUUCUCUUCCAGCCGUGGAAGGUGUUGAACCCCCUGCUCUGGAGAUGCUGGAGAAGGACCACGUGUCCCCAGACCACGUGCUAAUUGUCCAGCAGGUACUUCAGGAGCUGAAACAAUAUCAUGGGGCAAAGCAGAGAGCUUGUGUGCAAGAAGGCAGCGAUUCUUCCCAGCAGAACCUCACAUGGUUUGAGUUCCUGUCUAAUGAAAAUGAGGACAAAGCAGAGAAAGGCACGAAGGUGAUGCGACGUCUGAGUUCCCUGCGGAGCCGCGUCACCGGAUCCCGGCAGAAGGAUAAGGGUAAGAACAAAGAGCAGCCAAGAGAGAGAGAAAAGGAGAAAGAGACAAAGGAGCCAAAAGAGAGGUGGAAAGAGAUCAAUAGGCACCAGCUUGUGCCAGGGGUUUUCUCCACUUGCACCAGCUGCUCACUGUGUGCCAAACCUCUUGUGAAUAAAAGUGGUCUGCAGUGCCUGAAUUGUGCAGUGAAUGUCCAUAAGAACUGCAAGAGUUUACUGGCUGAAUGCAGCAGCAUCAGACCCAAGCAGAAAGAUUUGCAGCACAGACCUUCUGGAUCUCCACAAAGUUCGCCCCAGUGCAUUUCCCCAGCCGCUUCUUUGAAGGAGCAGCCCCGAAGUCUUCUCCUGGGACCGGAUGGCACCCCAGUUCUGUCACGGAAUCUCGGUAUGACUAUCGCCCAAAGAGGAAAUUCUCAGUCUUCACUGAAUACUGCUGGAGCUGUUAAUAAAUUUGGGCUAAUUUCAGGAGACAUGGAUGAAGGAGAUUCAGGCUUUAUAAAAUUUAAGCAGACUUCAGAUGAUGUUGUCUCGCUUGCACCUUCAACAGCAGACUCCAUUUUUCUGGAAGAUGCAUAUUCUGUAUCCCUCCGAAGUGAAAUAGAAACAGAUGCUCAUGAGUUUGAGGCAGAGUCUUGGAGUGUUGCAGUGGAACAGUCUUAUGCAAAAAGGCAAAAGAAAGACGUUAUAAAAAGGCAAGAUGUCAUUUAUGAACUAAUGCAGACUGAAAUGCACCAUGUUAGGACACUGAAAAUAAUGCUGAAGGUAUACUCCAAAGCCAUGAGAGAGGAACUGCAGUUCCCAAAUGCAGUCAUCAACAAGCUCUUCCCCUGUGUGGAUGAGCUGCUGGAGAUGCAUGGGCAAUUUCUGCUCCAAUUAAAGGAGCGACGAAAGGAAUCCUUGGAAGAAGGCAGUGACCGAAAUUAUACAAUCCAGAACAUUGGAGACCUCUUGGUAAAACAGUUUUCAGGUGAAAAUGGGGAGAGAAUGAAAGAAAAAUACGGUGUGUUCUGUUGCGGACACAAUGAAGCUGUUAGUCACUAUAAAGACCUGCUCCAAAGCAAUAAGAAGUUCCAAAACUUAAUAAAGAAAAUCAGCAACUGUUCCAUUGUGAGGAGACUUGGUGUUCAGGAGUGUAUCCUUCUAGUUACACAGCGCAUCACCAAAUAUCCAGUCCUGGUGGAACGUAUUAUUCAGAAUACAGAAGCUGGAACUAGAGAUUAUGAAGAACUGACCCAGGCCCUUAGUUUAAUUAAGGACACGAUCACUCAUGUAGAUGCCAUGGUAAAUGAGUGCGAGAAGGGGCAGCGCCUCAAAGAGAUUAUGCAUAAAAUGGAGCUAAAAUCCUCCGGGAAAUGCAAGAAUGGGCUUUUCUUCCGGAAGGAUGACAUGGGACAGAGGCGGCUUCUGCUGGAUGGGUUGCUGUAUUGGAAAGCUGCAUCAGGGCGACUCAAAGAUAUUCUGGCAGUCCUGUUAACUGAUGUGCUCUUGCUCUUACAAGAAAAGGACCAAAAAUAUUAGUUUGCAUCAGUGGACUCUAAACCACCAGUUAUCUCAUUGCAAAAGUUGAUUGUGAGAGAGGUAGCUAAUGAGGAAAAGGCAAUGUUCUUAAUUAGCGCUUCCUUAAAAGGACCAGAAAUGUAUGAAAUUCACACAAGCUCGAAAGAGGAGAGGAAUUCCUGGAUGGCACACAUCCGCAGAGCUGUAGAAAGCUGUCCUGAUGAAGAAGGAGGAACAUUUAAUGAACCUGAAGCAGAGAGGAGGCUGGCUGAAGCAAGAGCUGCUAAGUUAAAAGAUUUUCAAGAGCGUUUGAACAUGAAAGAUGACCUGAUUAUGCAAAGUCUAACUGAGAAGCAACAGAUUUAUCUAGAAAUGUCUGAAAUGAAUGGGUUUGAAGACCAUUCCCAAGGAUCCCGAUCUAGGCUACUUCUUCGGGGGGAUAUCUCAGAAAAUCUGCAAGGAGAGGCUAUUUUGAAGUCCGCAGUGACAGAAGCUGAAAAUCUCCAGAACCUUAUCUUCACUCACUUAGGCAACGGAUCCUGUCAGCUUGAAGAUGGCUCUGGGUCAGGACUCCCCAGGAGAGCAGAGACCUUUGGAGGAUAUGACAGUAGUCCUUCAAUUUCAAAUAAAAGUGGUACUUCUAGGAAGAACAGUGGUGGUGACCAGAGACAGUGGGACUGGAGAGGCCCUGCAGUGAGUUCAGAUGUGCAACUCCAUGACCUCCCUUCUGAUGCAGAAGAAGGAUCUCAAACCAGUGAUGUAACAAGGCUGGAUGACAGCAGUGGUUUUCAGCCCAUCAUAGUCUCUCAGCUUGUCCAAAGGAUACAAACGCUGUUACAGUUGCUCUUCAGUCUUCAGGCAGUGAUAUCUCAGCAGGACAGCUACAUUGAGAUGCAACGAGCCACCAUGGUAGACCGGGAGAAGCAAUACCGGCUGCAGUCUACACGAGGCAAUCUGCUGCUAGAGCAGGAGAAACAGCGGAACUUUGAAAAACAGAGAGAAGAACUGAUGAAUGUACAGAAACUUCAGAGUCAGCUGAAGCUGGAGCAGCAACGCCUGGAACGGGAAAGGAGUCGACAGCAGAGGGAAUUUGAAAGCACAGAAGCCCGGCUGCAGGAGCGUGAAGAGGAGACUCGGCAGCUGAGGGAGAAGUUGAAUCAGGAGAGGGAAGAACUCGAGAGGCAGCGAGAGGCCUAUCAGCAUGACCUCGAGAGGCUGCGGGAAGCUCAGAGAGCAGUCGAGAAAGAGAAGGAGCGUCUGGAUCAGCUAAGGAAGCUGAAGAAGCAGAACACAGUGUCAGGCACGUUCUCCCCAGAAAUGGGACAGAACCAGAUGCUAAGUCAUUCUGUUAGCUUCAAUGGAGAAGGGGUGGAACCAUCUCUAUCCCUCUUGAAAACCUCUGUGAGAGUGAGCGUCUCCGGGAUGGAUUACCUGGAACGGCCAGACUUGGUUCGUAGGGACAGUACCACCCUGGAGAAUCGUCCCGUUCUUGCAUUGAAGAAUGAAGUGCCAAUACAUCUCCUGAGUGCAACGAAUCAGAUACAGAAACCAGCUGCAGUCCAGCAGCAGAUUCCUACUAAGUUGGCCACUUUUACAAAAGGAAGCAAAGAGAAAGGUGGGAAGAACAAAGCGUCUCAUAGGACAGACAGUUCAGCAUCCGUUGAUCAGAAGCAGCUGCUUCCCCCCAGGCUUGUUGGACGAGAGGAGGGUGUCCUGAGAGGCAGACGAUCAGCAAGUCCAGUCCUCCCAAGCAGCCAGACCACUGCAUUCCAGCCAGAAUUGUAUGGUCCUACAGAUGCUCAGCCGGAAGCACUUUCACCUGCCUCAGCGAACCUAUUCAAACCCAAUAACGUUCACGUUCAGACCCUGGUGACCUCUCAGCCGAGUCCGUUAAAUGUGCAAGAUGAUACCAGCAAAGAAGAUGUAAUUUUCUUCUAAUUGUUUCCAUUUAAAGAUCAAUCUUCUGACACACUGUUUCAAGAACUCAGGCCCCAGUGUUCAACGUGACAGAGACCUGAUAUGGAUGUCUUUUCAUCCCUGCCCCGUUACUACUAGCAAGGACCAGACCAGGAUUACUGUUCUACUUCGUUGGCUUCUCUGCCAGCAGCUCAGAAUGAGGGCACAGUAGUAACAAUUUGCUUUUAAAUUCUCCAAACGUGGAAAUGUAUUGACACAUGGCAUGGGUAUAUAAAUUCAGAGCGUAUUAAAAUACUGCCAUUUAUUGUAAUUUGCUCUUUUCGGAGAUUGUACACUCUUUGUGGGCACCAUCUUAUAAAUUGUUAUAGUUGACGUUGAACCACCCAGAUUUUUAUGUAAAAAGUUUUACUAGUAGGCCCCAAAACGGCUGCAAAUUUUUAAAUCCAUUUUCACAGGUACGUGGUCGGUAAUGGAUUAUGCUAACAGUGUGUUGAUAACUAGUUGACUAGCAAGCCAGUCUCCUUACAGCCAGGCAUGACAGACAUUGUGAUACCCGCUCAGAGGAGCCAGACUAGCGUCUCUGUUUCUUUAGUGAAUUCAGUGGAGCACAUGCUCAGUGGCCAGGUACGGUGGAAGAGAGAAGGUAAGCUUCCUAACAGAGUCUUCAUGGGUCAGGAGCUCCACCUGCUUGUGGAUGAGAAGGGUUGGACAUGUGAGAAUAUGCAACGGUAAUGAAGAGUUGGACUAAAUGCACAUUUCAUUGGUCAUCAGCUUGCACCGGGAUACCUGUCUCCUUGGAGACAUUGGGUAGCUCUCCGUCUUAGUGAGAGCGGUACAGGUUCCCAAGCAAAACUCAUGAGUUGGUUCAGAAUGAACUUAGAGACUUGGAUUUUGUUCUUUGCUGAAGACAUGUAUAAGAAGCGUUUGAAUGCAGUAAUUUAUUGUCUUGUUUAAUCCUAAGUUUUCUGCAUCUCUUGUUUGUCUGUUAACUUGUUUGGACUUUACUCCAAGUACCAGAAGAUAUCAAAGCUGCUGUUACUGCAGAGACUUCUCUGCAGCACUGUUUUAGGAAUGAAGGGAAUAAGAACUGUUUGGUUUUAAAAUUUAAAAAAAAAUAAUAAUACUCUUAGCUAAACCUGUGUUGGUUUAGCUGCUUACAGCUAAACCAGCUUUGAUACCUCUUGUUAAAUGGGUCAGUUCUUAAUCAUGGAAUGGUGAUGACAUUUAAGUGUUCUGUUCAAAAGGCAUUAUUUCCCUUUGUAGUAAUUUGCACAGUCAUUUUGUUGUAUUCUAUUACUUCACUCUGUAUCUCAGUUCUUUAUUACACACAUGGCUUAAGGAUGUCUGUUCCAGUAUAUGUUGAAUGUGACCGGCCAGAUAUAUUCUGCACAGGAGAGAUUGUUUAGGGGGUAUUAUUACAGAAUUAAAGAAAUCAGUAUCUCAGAGCUUAAAAACUUGGGUUAAUACCUUUCAGAACAUGAUUGGUAAUAGUUUUUUUCAUAUCUUUAACCCUGGUUUAAAGUGAUUUUUAGCACCGAUGGAGGGAAUGCCUGGUCAGUUCUCCAUCUGGUCGCAUGGCAAUGGCAUUGAAUGGCAAUUUGUCAACCUCAUCAAAACAUUGAUGCUGUCUCAGUGGUUAGGCCCUAUGUAAUGUUAGUAAUGUUCUUUAAGGCCCUCACUUCACUUUGCUUGAAAGUUUUAAAAUUAUUCCAGUAGUUACAGUGCAAGAAACAUUAUAAAUUUUCAGCAGAAAAUACAGAGUUUAUUUUCAAGUGGUGAUAAUUUGGGUUAUUGUCUUCAGACAAGAAAUCGAAAAAUCCAAAUUUACUGGUCAGUGUGAGAGGGGAAAGAUAAGCUACAAAAUGCUGAAUUGGUCUUAGGGAGCAAGCGCUCCUUGCUCUAACACUUGUUGGAUUUAAGGAUCUUUUUCUUUGCUAAGUGAUACUGGUAUAAACCUGAAGCAAUGGCACUGAGUUCAGCGAGAGGAAACUCCAAACCGUCUGUCUUGUUGCCAGACUGGGGAUACUCCCCCACCCCCCAGCAAAUUAUUACUAUGAAAUUGGACACACUUCACUAUAAUACCAAAGGACUGCUUGGUAAAUCAUCAGCACUGCAGAAUUUACACAGAUUAUCAGUGGCUAGAUUUGCAGAAAGCACUGUGGGUAACAUAGCGAUUUUUGCGUUGUUGUGAUACGAUGUUGAUAAUGAUUAGAACAUAGUUCUACGUUAUAUUCAUUUUUUGCAUUCCUAAAAGCUAGGUUUGGAACGGAGGGGUGUUCUUCUCAAAAUUAACGUAACUUCUGAUCAAGCCAGCAUGUGAGAUCCAGCAGCUCUGUAGGACUGACUUUUCAAUUGGCUGAUGUGGAGACUCCAGUCAUCUCUCAUACCCGUGUAAUUUCUCCUGUAAAUAUACAGUGAAGCAGCAAGAAUCUGCAGUAUGUUCUCUCCUUCGUGCUGUGGUUUGGGCCACUCCUAGUGAAAACUGUAUGCCCCCAUUGCCUUAAAUUACCAGGUUUUUAGGAGUUUUAGCCUAAAGUGAAGUUGCAUCAGUGGAAUAAACCACCCCAACCAAAGAGGGAUGCCCCUGUUUGGCUAUUUGAAAACAGGUUUUGGAAACGUUUAUUUGGUUUAAUUUUGUGCCUGUCCUAAAGUAUGGGAGAGAGUGUUCUAUGGACUGAAGGGGUUUAUUUGGCUACUUUCUUCUUCUUCUGUGCAAUGAAUGAAGUCAGAUAUAGAACAGUGACAUCUGGAAAAUAAAGCCUGCAGUGAGGUCUCAUUUCUUUUAAUGUUUUAAACUUAAACAUAACUGUUUUAAUACUCAUUGUCAGCAGUGCUUCGACUAAGUUCUGGCUGUUAGCAAAAGGACACGGGACAGUUACAGGCUAGGCUGUUGGUUCAACACCCCAAAAGCUCCUUGGAAUAUGGGUCUUCAAUCUGUAACUGAGAAAUCAUCUUAAAAGUCCUCAUCUGUCCUCAAUACACAUGUCUAGCUGCAGCUAGCUUUGUGAAAACUGUUUUCACCUUGAAUAGAGACUGCAUCUCUUUUCACUUGGGUCAAAAUCAUUUAAGUGCCAUACUAGGUAUUCACGCGGCUUCGUGUUCAGUACCGUAGCCAGCGUGGAGAAGGUUUUAGAAUUGGCAAACGCUGUGAUAUCUCAUUGCUAGUGCGGAGUUUAGCAUACCAGAGUAUGGUAAAAUUAUUUGUAGAAGGCUGAGGGAAGCAAGUGAAAGAUUUUCUUAAAAUGAAUAAUGGGUCAUCUCUUCACUUCUGCAAAACUGAAUCUGUGAAAUUAUCACUCCAGCUGAGUGAGCUAGUUUUGAACUCUUUACUCAAAUCUCAUUCCUAGAAAAGUAACUCUUCUAGGCAAAUUAGAUUUCAAAAUACUGCUGUGUCCUGGGCUAAGUAACCUGCUAUUGAUUCUGAGUAAUAUCCUUUCCAUUUGACUUUUUGAUUACUUAAGAUAAAAGUUUCCUUUUAAGUGAUAUCUGAGGAUUAGACAGUUCAAAAUUCUGUGCCUCCCAGGUGCCUUUUGGCUUCUUUCUGAGCUGGGGUGUGGAGGAAAUUACAGCACGAGCUUUGAACUGCCGCCUUCUUUGCUUCGUGUCACAGCCUUAAAAUUAUUGUCAUGUUUGUCCUUUAAUAUUGUGAUGUUGCAAUGUAGAGGCUGUUUCUAUGGUUCUGAUUUUCAAUUUUAACUCUGGUGUAAAGGAUGCUUCCUCUUUUCCUUCCCAGGAAUAUGGUCAUUUUGUAUUUCAGACUGAGGAUCCCUCCAUGUUCGCUAGUACUGAGCACAUCUGCCCUGCCUGUGUUGUAAAUGCUUUCCUAGUUCUUAACUGUGCUAUUUGUGGAUUGUAGUUGUGGCAUGUCCCACAAAUUGAGAUCGCUAAUCAUUUCCCAGCGUGAGGCAGAAAAAUUG